GGAUCGGAUAGUUUGGAUCACCAAACUGUCCCGGCAUCAAGGUGGCAUUCCAAAUCAUAAAUUUUCUCAGGCGAUGUUGAUUACUUUUUCAGACUUUACUUAUAGGCCUAUAGUUCUGGGAAUCUGUAUUUUCCGGGCUCAUGCAGCGUUUCUACCUUUGGAAAAUUUUUGCAAAGUAUUCUAGGCAUAGGAGGCCAUUGAAUUCAGAUCAAAAACACUAGUGCUUUGUUGGAUGAAGUUUCGAGCAUAUUAAUAUUUUUAUCACCGGGAGUUUUCUCAUUAACAUUUUUAUUGUGGUUUUUAUUUCAUUUGAAAUUAGUUCUUUGUAAGUGUUUCACUUUGUGGCUUACUAAUGCUUCUAAGCAUUCCUAGACCUGAGUUGUUCGUACAGUUUUCAAAGCUUGGGCAAAAGCUCUGUUUUCUUGGCUGAGCUUAUAUAUUUUCUGACUUUAGAUAUAAGGUUCAGCACAGGAUACCUCUGGGCAUCCCUGGUUUUUAAAACAUUUGGUAAUCCUCCACAUCGAGCUGUUGCGUGGCUGAACUUUGCUCAGAUAUUGCUUCCAAGUAGUAAAUCUCCAAAUUCCGAUGGCCUGACUUUGUAUUGCUAAAUAGGUUUUUUUUUUUUAUGAAAGUUGGAGUGCUGUUUAAUUUGAUAUAGGUUUAAUUAAAUAUUUUAUUUUCUAAGCUCAAGUUGGUGGUCGCCACCAUUUUUGGGAGAUAGACUCAACUGAUUUUUCUCUGAAGGCAUUCCAAUCAAUUUUCACUCCAUGACUAGUUGGGAGCAUAUCUUGGGUUCCUUGUCUUGUUUGCUUCGAUGCUUUAUCGCAGUAUAUUUUUCUCACGCAUAAACAUAAAAAAAUGCUUUUAAUCUUGCAACCUGACUUAAAGCAUGCUUCUUCAUAAGCAUCAUCAACUUUUCACACAAAAUUUAACAACUGUUUAAUGUCAUAUGGUGCCAAAGGGGCAAGCAAAAAAAUAAAAUUAGGCUUGGGGAAUUGUGGAUAAUCUUUACAACUACCAACCAACUGCUCUAUCAUGUCAUGUUACUUGAUUGUGAAAAAAGUUUGCAAAGGCUGAUUUUCUUAGAUUCCAGAGAGAGUUGUAAAAAUCACUUGUCUGCUGCUUUUAGGACAGAUCAUCAUGAAAAAUCAUGACUGGAACUAACAACACUUUAAAACUCUAACAAGUUCUAAAGUAAUUUCGAAAGUUUCAAUUUUUCCUGAUUAAUUUACAGUUAGUAAAUCAGCCUAAGAUGAAGUAAAUAUGAUAACUGACUCAAAGAGGCGUAAACUAGGUGGUGCAAUAAUAAAUUUAUGCAGGAGAGAAAGGAAAGGCCUAUAUAAGCCUAAUUCAAUCACAUCAAGAUCAGUCUCGAUUUGGUUCUGACAAUCCAAGCUUGAAGGAAAAAUGAAAUUAUUCGUUGUUCUUGCUGCCUGCAUGGCUGUCGCUUCUGCUUUCUACGGUGGAGAAGAACGUCACGAGCACGUCGACUAUUAUGCUCCUCCUCAUUACAGCUACGAGUACAAAGUUGAGGACAAGCACACGGGCGAUUACAAGAGCCAACACGAAACCAGGGAAGGAGACAAAGUCAAGGGAUUCUACAUGCUGAAAGACCCCGACGGUACUGUCAGGGAAGUCCAUUACACCGCUGACAAACACAACGGUUUCAAUGCCGAAGUCAAGAGAGUCGGACACGCCGUCCACCACUACCCCCUGUACCAUCAUUAAAAUGAUUUUCUGUAUAAACCGGUUGCAAUAAAACUGUUACGUCAAAAUUUACUCUCUUUUUUAAAAUAAAAAAUCACUUAAUCUAGUCUGAUUGUUCUUCAGUUUGAAAAAGUACAACCUACACCUUGUUAGUAUUGAGUAUCCCCGUGGCUAGAUGUGACACAAAGCAAAAAAAACCUAUUUGGAAAAAUGACUUCCUUGCAUACGCUCUUUUCCAGGGAUAUUAAGGUUUUUAGAAAAAAAUUUAAUAAAAUAAAAGGGAAUU